UUUUGGCCCAUACUAGGUAGAAUUGUUGAACUUAAAUCCACUCCUUUAAUAAUUGGUUUGUUUUCAGGAGAACAGAAACCUGGAGACAUUGAGGAAAAUCUCCAAGAUUUUGUCACUGAAAUCCAAGAAAUGCAACAUAACGGUAUGACAUUGAAUUUGUCAGAAGAUGUCAGUGUUAAAGUUCAACUCUUUAUCUGUGAUGCUCCAGCGAGA